UACAGAUACCAGCCGUGCAAGACUACAAGCAACAAGCCGCGCAUGAGUGUUCCCUCCGGCAGAAUGCCGUGGCACUCUCAGCUGAUAUCUCCCAACCCGUGGCAAUAAGCGAGUCCCCGCUGCUACUGUGGCGAGGUGACUGGUGGGGUGCGCGGGAUUGAGCCGCCUAUAUGAGCGGCCUCAUCAGCAGGAUCGGCAGCGGCGUCCGCUCACCGAUGGCGUCCGCGGCCAUCGCCGGCGUCGGCGGCACACAUAAGCGGCCGCGAUGGCCCAGUGUGAGCAUGGAAAGGACAAGAGUCAGGGGUUGUUGCAGCUGCAGCUGUAGCGGCACCAAGAUGGAGGCAGAACGUGGGGACACGAGGCUCGUGGUGAUCGUGGGGGCAACGGGCACGGGCAAGACCAAGCUGUCCAUCGACGCGGCCCUAGAGCUCGGUGGCGAGGUGGUGAACGCCGACAAGAUCCAGCUUUACCGGGGCCUCGACGUCACCACCAACAAGGUGAUGCCCGCCGACCGCCGCGGCGUCGCCCACCACCUCCUCGGCGCCGUCCGCGCCGAUGCCGGCGAGCUCCCCGCCUCGUCCUUCCGCUCGCUCGCCGCCGCCAAGGCGGCCGACAUCGCGGCGCGCGGGCACGUGCCAGUGGUGGCCGGCGGGUCCAACUCCCUCAUCCACGCCUUCCUCGCCAAGCGAUUUGAUGCCCACGCCCCUCGGGACCCUUUCGCCGCUGCGGCAACCGGAUACCGGCCGGCGCUCAGGUUCCCGUGCUGUCUCCUCUGGGUCGAUGUCGACGAGGCAGUUCUGGACGAAUACCUCGAUCGGCGUGUCGACGACAUGCUGGGUGAGGGCAUGGUCGAGGAGCUCCGCGAAUACUUCGCGACAACGUCGGCCUCUGAACGGGCCUCGCACGCCGGGCUGCGCAAGGCCAUCGGCGUGCCGGAGAUCGGGGACUACCUCGCCGGGCGUAAAAGCCUCACCGCCGCAGUGGACGAGAUCAAGGCGAACACUCGGGUGCUCGCGGCGGCGCAGGUCGGCAAGAUCCGGCGCAUGGCAGACGGCUGGGGCUGGCCCGUUCGGCGCCUCGACGCCACCGGCACCGUCCUGGCGCGGCUCGCGGGCGCCGGGCGCGACGCCGAGGCCGCGGCGUGGCAUCGCGACGUGCGCGGGCCGGGCCUCGCCGCCAUGCGGCAGUUCCUACGCAGCCAAGGACUGUCCAGACACGACGACGCCGAUGAAGAGGACGGAGUAGUCACACGGAGACAAUGCCAUGGCAUGGUGGGGUAAGAAGAACAGGAAAAGGCUUCGGGUUCGGGCGCGACACCGAGGGCGCGGCGUGGGAUCGCGACGGGCCUCGCCUCCAUGCGGCCGUUCAUGGCAGGCAAGGACUGUCCGGACACAAGGACGACGCCGAUGACGAGGACGGGUCAGUCGCCCGGAGACAAUGCCGUGGCAUGGUGGGGUGAGAAGAACAGGGAAAAGCUCGAGAGCUUUUUCGGGUUCAAAAUUUUCUGAUACGCCGCCGAUUUUGGAGGGCCCGGCGGCUGACCGGACACGGGCAGGUGGGGGCCAUGGUGGUGCCACGGCGAACGGCACGACGAUAGAACACGGAGACAAGACAAGAGAAGUGUCAAGUUUUGCAGGGGGGCUGUGAAUUCUCUCUCUCCCUCUCCCUCUCCCUUCCUGGAUCGAGAGGCUCUUCUUCUUCAGAAUCUGCUCUGCUAGCUAGCCACACCACACAACACCACUGUAUAAUACUCCAGUGUAAUCUAGUCCAGCAUGUUCAAAAUUUGAACUAGUUUUGCUUUUUGGCAGCUGCUCA